UGUAUGGCCACACUCUGGAAAUGUUGGAUUCUCCAAUGUUUUAAGCCAUUUUUCAUCAAAACUCAUUUUUUUUCUCUGCUUGCCCAUUUUCCUGAAAGUCCAGUAAGAGUACACACAGAUAUGAACAAUACUCUUUUCAUUGUAAUAUAUACUUGUCUUCUUUCUUCGCUGCAAAGCACACAGUACAACAUCUGUAAAAUCCCAAAACCCAUUUCCAGGCAAGAAGAUGAUGACUAAUGACUCACUAACCCAGAAAGAAUUUUGGUUUCAUUAUAUGCAUACAAAUAUUAGAAGAUGUUUAUUUUAGUAAUAAUUGCCAUUUCUCAUGCCUGGUUGCUUUUUGUUAAUAAAUUAUAGCAAAUGGAAAUAUAAAGUUCACAUGUUUAUCCUUUCCAGGGCAAUGUAUGAUUUAACUGACUAAUAUGACUUUACAAUUCUCUCCUUGCUUUAGGAAUAUUUAUCUAGUGUUUGAUUCUCUGGUUCUUUUAGGAUAAUGGACUAUAUAUAAUAUUCCUAUAUAUAUAAUUCAUUUCUUUAACCUACCGACUCAUUGACAGGCGUGCUAGUUCCCUUUAUACAACCAAAAAACUGAUUCUUUUCUUGUGUCUGAGUCUGACAAAAGAUUUUGGUGAAUGGAUUUCUCGCAUGGAAAGCAAGAAGUGGGUUCUAAUCUAAGGAUUACGUUAAACAAAAUUGACCCAUUUUGAAAGUUGGUAACAGUGGUAGAGAAACAGUGUUAUAAUUAGCAGAAUUUGAGUAUUUGUUUGUUUCUCUGCUCCUUGCACAUUCCACUUCAAUGGCUCUAAGAAGAAGAGAAGUUGUCUUUUAUUUUUGCACUUUUUUAUGGUUUUGGACUGCUGCAAAUGGAUUGCUAUCUCCCAAAGGAGUAAACUUCGAAGUGCAAGCUUUAAUGGGAAUAAAAGCUUCUCUCCAUGAUCCUCACGGUGUUCUUGAUAAUUGGGAUGGGGAUGCUGUUGAUCCCUGUAGCUGGACUAUGGUCACUUGUUCUCCUGAGAGUCUUGUCAUUGGCCUGGGAACUCCUAGCCAGAAUUUAUCUGGUACUCUUUCUCCAAGUAUUGGCAACUUGACUAAUCUUCAAAUUGUGCUCUUACAGAACAACAAUAUCACAGGACCAAUUCCUGGAGAGUUGGGGAAGCUCUCAAAUCUCCAUACACUUGAUCUUUCUAACAACUUCUUCACUGGUGAAAUUCCUUCUUCUUUGGGCAAUCUGAGGAGUCUCCAAUACAUGAGGCUAAAUAAUAACAGUCUCUCUGGAGCUUUCCCAAUGUCAUUGGCCAACAUGACCCUGCUUGUGUUUCUCGACUUGUCUUACAAUAAUCUCAGCGGCCCUGUAGCCAGAUUUCCUGCUAAGACAUUCAGCAUUGUUGGAAACCCUCUAAUCUGCCCAACUGGGUCUGAACCAGAAUGCUUCGGGACAGCACUAAUGCCAAUGUCCAUGAACUUGAAUGGCACACAAACUGACUUACCUUCUGGCAGACCAAGGAAUCACAAAAUAGCCCUUGCUUUUGGCUCUAGUGUUGGUUCUGUCUCACUCAUCAUUCUUGUUCUUGGAUUACUUCUAUGGUGGCGGCAAAGGCAGGAUCAACCAACACUUUUCAAUGUCAAGGAACGACACCACGAGGAAGUUUCUCUUGGAAACUUAAGGAGAUUUCAAUUUAGAGAACUUCAGUCAGCAACAAACAACUUCAGCAACAAGAAUAUACUUGGAAAAGGAGGCUUUGGCAAUGUUUACAAAGGGAUUCUCCAAGAUGGGACUGUUGUUGCUGUCAAGAGGCUUAAAGAUGGCAAUGCUGUUGGAGGAGAUAUUCAAUUCCAAACUGAAGUGGAGAUGAUCAGCCUAGCAGUGCAUCGUAACCUCCUCAGGCUAUAUGGAUUUUGUAUCACGCCAACAGAAAGGCUUCUAGUCUACCCAUACAUGUCUAAUGGCAGUGUCGCUUCCCGUCUUAAGGGGAAACCAGUCUUGGAUUGGGGCACCAGGAAGAGAAUUGCAUUAGGAGCUGCAAGGGGACUGUUAUACCUCCAUGAGCAGUGUGAUCCAAAGAUAAUUCAUAGGGAUGUUAAGGCAGCAAAUAUAUUGCUUGAUGACUAUUGUGAGGCUGUAGUAGGAGAUUUUGGGUUAGCAAAGCUUUUGGAUCAUCAAGAUUCACACGUCACCACAGCUGUAAGGGGCACGGUUGGGCACAUAGCACCAGAAUAUCUUUCUACAGGCCAGUCCUCUGAGAAAACAGAUGUUUUUGGAUUUGGCAUCCUGCUUCUUGAAUUAAUCACAGGCCAAAGAGCACUAGAAUUUGGCAAGGCAGCUAACCAAAAAGGAGCCAUGCUGGACUGGGUAAAGAAAAUUCAUCAGGAGAAGAAGCUUGAAAUUCUUGUAGAUAAGGAUCUAAACGGUAACUAUGAUAGAAUUGAGCUUGAGGAGAUGGUACAAGUGGCUCUUUUGUGCACCCAAUUCCUCCCAAGCCAUAGACCAAAAAUGUCUGAAGUAGUUAGAAUGCUUGAAGGUGAUGGUCUUGCAGAAAGAUGGGAAGCUUCUCAAAGACUAGAAGCAACCAAGUCCAAACCCCACGAGUUCUCUUCAUCAGAUCGUUAUUCUGAUCUCACUGAUGACUCUUCAUUACUAGUCCAAGCAAUGGAGCUUUCUGGCCCAAGGUGAAUUCUUUACAGAUCAAAUUUAUAGGUGAAUUUGUUUUGUAAUAGUGUUAUGAUGAUUGAAGGUUCUUUUUUGGUUGUACAAUAGGGAUGUUAUCAAACUCCAAAGGGUUUAGAAGUUUUCAUUGAAUUGUACAGAUUAUGUUUUUUGUGAAACUGGCAAUUCUUUUCGACUGAAAAUUCAUGUAUUUGUAUUCCAAUUGAGUGACAAUCUUGAUAAGGAAUCCAGUUUAACUCGUGACCUUCAA